UCGUUAAUUAAACAUAAACUCGAAUUUUAACUCGAAAGCUCCGAAAGCAGUUAAAACUGCUUCGGUGCUAUGAAUGUAUAGGAACUUGCAUGCUCCGCGAAAUUCAGUAGAUUAUGAAUUUAAUUAUGAAUCAAGUUAUAAACGAAGUUGACGCAAAUAAAUUGCUAGAUUUUAAUCAAAAGUUUGAUAUCACAUUAUUAGAUCAAGUAGUCAAUUUUAUGUACCAAGGUCAUGGUCCACAACAUGAACUUGCAAAAAAGAUAUUAGGUCAACUUAAAGAACACCCUGACUCAUGGAUGAAAGUUGAUUCAAUACUUGAAACCUCUAAUAACCAAGAAACCAAGUUUUAUGCAUUACAAAUACUUGAAAAUGUAAUUCGCACGCGUUGGAAAAUGCUACCAUUUGAACAACGAGAAGGUAUAAAGCAGUUCAUAGUUGGUCUUAUAAUUAAAAUAUCAUCAUGUGAAGAGACAGCUGAAAAACAAAAGAUUUACUUAAACAAACUCAACUUAAUUCUUAUACAGGUUGUAAAGCAAGAAUGGCCGAAGCACUGGCCAACAUUUAUUAGUGAUAUUGUUGGUGCAAGUAAAUCAAAUGAAAGUCUUUGUAAAAAUAACCUUAUUAUUCUAAAACUGCUCAGUGAAGAAGUUUUUGACUAUUCUCUUGGGCAAAUGACACAGACUAAAGCUAAACAUCUUAAAGACAGCAUGUGUCAAGAGUUCUCUUCUAUAUUUCAGUUGUGUGAAUAUGUAAUGGAUAAUUCUAUGAAUAUUCCACUUAUUGAUGCAACAUUAAAGACGUUACUCAAAUUUUUAAACUGGAUACCUCUUGGAUAUGUCUUUGAAACUAAGCUCAUAUCUACUCUUAUUUAUAAAUUUUUAAAUGUUCCAGUAUUUCGCAAUGUUACUCUUCAAUGCUUAACAGAAAUAGGAUCUAUUAACAAUGCACAAUACAAUGAACAAUUUACUGUUUUGUACAGUUUAACAUUAGCACAAUUGAAACAAAUGCUUCCUUUAACUACAAAUUUAAAAUUGGCUUAUGUAAAUGGUAGCAAUGAUGAGCAAAACUUUAUACAGAAUUUAGCACUUUUUUUAUGUUGUUUUUUAAAAGAACAUGGUGUCUUAUUGGAAAAAAAGAUUGAGUUAAAAACAUCAUUGUUAGAGGGUUUACAAUAUUUGCUUCUUGUAUCAGAAGUAGAAGAUAUGGAGAUAUUUAAAAUCUGUCUGGAAUAUUGGAAUUCAAUAUCUUCAGAGUUGUAUAGAGAAAGCCCUUUCUCUGCACCAAUCCCUCAUUUAGGCUCUCCUUCAGCUGCAGGAAUGACUCCAAGAAGGAUUAUUUACAUGCCUAUUUUAUCCAAGAUUAGAUAUAUAAUGGUCUCACGAAUGGCGAAGCCUGAGGAAGUAUUGGUAGUAGAGAAUGAACAUGGUGAAGUUGUGAGAGAGUUUAUGAAGGAUACUGAUACUAUUGAUAAUUACAAAAAUAUGAGAGAAACACUUGUUUACUUGACUCAUCUGGACUAUCAAGAUACAGAACAUAUUAUGACAGAAAAGUUGCAAAACCAAGUAAAUGGUACUGAAUGGUCAUGGAAGAAUCUUAAUACAUUAUGUUGGGCAAUAGGUUCUAUAAGUGGUGCAAUGCAUGAAGAAGAUGAAAAAAGAUUUUUAGUAAUGGUCAUUAAGGAUUUACUUGGUUUGUGUGAAGUGAAACGUGGAAAAGAUAACAAAGCUAUUAUUGCAUCGAACAUCAUGUAUAUUGUUGGUCAAUAUCCAAGAUUCCUAAGGGCACAUUGGAAAUUUCUAAAGACAGUUGUAAAUAAACUGUUUGAGUUUAUGCAUGAAACUCACGACGGUGUUCAAGAUAUGGCUUGUGAUACAUUUAUAAAAAUUGCCCAGAAAUGUAGAAGGCAUUUUGUUCAGGUAAAUCAAGGUGAAGUUAUGCCAUUUAUUGAGGAAAUUCUUAAUAAUAUUAGUUCAAUUGUAUGUGACUUACAACCACAACAAGUUCACACCUUUUAUGAGGCUGUUGGAUUUAUGAUAAGCUCUCAAACUGAUCAAGUUGUCACAGACCGUCUAAUAGAAAAAUGCAUGUUUUUACCUAAUCAAAUUUGGGACGGUAUAAUUCAAUCUGCAAGUAAAGACAUCAACAUCCUUCGUGAUCCUGAGACUGUGAAACAGUUAAUGAACAUUUUAAAAACAAAUGUUAGUGCUUGUCGCUCUAUUGGACAUCCAUUUGUCAUUCAAUUGGGUAGAAUAUACUUGGAUAUGGUCAAUGUUUAUAAAGUUCUCAGUGAAAAUAUAUCUUCUGCUGUUGCUCAGCAUGGUGAAGGAGUAACAAAACAAUCUUUAAUAAAAUCAAUGCGUGGAGUAAAAAAAGAAACUUUAAACUUAAUUAAUUGUUGGGUGAACAAGUCAACUGAUCCUAAACUUGUUAAAGAUAACUUUAUACCUCCUUUACUGUCCACUGUGUUGGAAGACUAUAACAAAAAUGUUCCUCAAGCAAGAGAGGCUGAAGUUUUAAACACACUUGCAACUGUGGUUAACAAGCUCCAGAAUCAUGUAGUCGAGGAAGUUCCAUUAAUGUUUGAUGCCGUUUUUGAAUGUACGCUUAAUAUGAUAAACAAGGACUUUGAACAAUUCCCUGAACAUCGAACAAACUUUUUCAUUCUUUUACAAGCAGUUAAUCAGCGUUGUUUUCCUGCCUUGAUUGCACUUGCUCCUCCUCAGUUUAAGCUCGUUUUGGAUUCUGUCAUUUGGGCAUUUAAGCACACUAUGCGAAAUGUAGCAGAUAUUGGUCUUGAAAUUUUACUGGGUAUUUUGUUAAACAUUCAAAAACACCCACAAGCAGCGCAAGUAUUUUACCAGCAAUAUUACAUUAUGAUAUUACAGCAUGUAUUUUCAGUUGUAACGGAUAGCUCUCAUACCGCAGCUCUUACCAAACAUGCAUCAAUAUUAUCACAUAUGUUUACCAUUGCAGAAAACAAUGGUAUAACCGUACCAUUGUUUAAUCCUGCUCAAGUACAAGGGGGAAUGUCUAAUGAGCUUUAUAUAAAAGAAUAUGCUGCAGCUUUGUUUAAGCAAGCUUUUCCUCAUUUACAACAUCCACAAAUAAAGUUAUUUGUCCAAGGGUUGUUUGACCUUGAUCAAAACAUUGCUCAAUUUAAAGAACAUUUGCGCGAUUUCUUAGUGCAAAUUAAGGAGUUCCAGGGUGAGGAUUGCAGCGAUCUGUACUUAGACGAACGUGAACAACAACUUCGUAUUGCUCAAGAGGAGAAGCGAAAGAGGCAAAAAGAUGUACCUGGUAUUCUAAAUCCGCACGAAAUCGGUGAAGAAAUGCAGGAUGAUCUAACUAUUUAAUGACUAUGUACAUAUUCGAAAGAUAUCUGUCUGUGGAUGAGUAUAUAAUAUAAUGAUGAUUAUUUUUUGCAAUGUUUUCUAGAGAAAACUUAAAAUAUUCGUGUCGUGUAGCGUAGCGAGAGAGUGAAAAAAGAUUUAUUUAACGUUAUUUUUUAUAAAACAAAAAAAGUUAUUUGAUACAGUGUGAUCUAAGUGUGCGUUUGUAAACGAGGCUUUUUAUUAGUAGCGAGACUUUUUAUUGAAUGAUGUUAAACGUCCGUGAUGAUUUUUGUUAAUUUUGUUUUCUUCACGCUUCAAGCAAACAAAAUCGAUAUAUCAUUUUCCUUUUGUUUUGCUUUUAAAUAGCUUUUGUUAAUAAUUUAAUUUUUAACUGAAGUAGCGUUGUGCGAAAAAAAUGAAAUGUCUUUUUAUUUUAAACGAGUUGAAAUGUUAUCUUAGAUGACGAAUGUAGUUUAUCAAAGUUUGUAAAUACGUGUGAUAAGCGAGUCAGUGAAAAAUAAAGAUUUUUACAUUGAAAACAUA